UAUUCCAGGUUUAUUCCUGGUGUUGAUACAAACAACUUGACAGUGCACAUGGAGAUUGCUGACCCAGUGACAGGACAAAUGCAUUACAAAACCUGCAUCAUAGAGUGGACAGAGUCAGACAAUGUCCACUGUAGUCCACUGACUGACCUGAGCAGUGCACUGGGGACCAUAGCAGUGGAGUCCCUGGUGGUACAGAAUGAAUAUAUCUUUGUACAGAAAAACACACAGCGUUCAGCAGAGAUGUAUGUUUCCUACAGAAGACAGCCAUUCAAGAAAGCCUACUUUCCACAAGGACUGGAAUCUGUGGAAUUUGAGCUAUAUGACACAGAUGAACAUCAGGUAUUUGUAGCAGUAAGACACUGGACAGAUGUUCUCAAUCUCUAUCUCUCUGACAUCACGGGCCAGUACUUUGUGCUCUCUCUGGAAAAUGUUGUCACCAUGGACUUUGGUACUUUUUCCUUCAGUGACUUGAUUGAGAUUAAGAGCACCCCAGGCGUGUUUUUGUCCAAUGUCAGGACAACAUAUGGUAUAGUUACCAUGGUAACAUAUGAUAAAGGAGGGAAUUGGUCUCGUCUGGCAGCAGCAGACCCUAAGUGUCGUCUGCCUGACUGUUCCUUGAACCUGCACAUGAUGUACAGUUCUUUCAAAUAUUCUAUUCCCCAAGGCAUCUUUAGCAAGAAAAAUGCACCUGGAAUUAUUAUUGGCUUGGGUAAUGAAGAUGGCUAUCUGAACAUGCAGUCCAAAUCCAACUCUUACAUCAGUAGAGAUGGGGGGCACACAUGGACUAAGUUACUCAGUGGGAACUAUCAGUUCAACAUAUUGGACCAGGGAGGGGCACUGAUGGCAGUACAACCUGGAGUUUACACCAGACAUAUACAGUACAGCACAGAUGUAGGGGGCACAUGGAAGCCAGUUACAUUAAAUGUAUCUCUGAUGAUAGAUGGUCUCCUCAAUGAACCUGGCAUUACCACAUUAGUCAGCAGUGCCUAUGGUCACCAUCAGACAGGGGACUAUGGCUGGGUUGUGAUCCAGUUUAAUUUAACUGGUGCCUUCUCUGGAAAGUGUACAGACAAGAAUUAUGAACACUGGAGCCCAGGGGGAGAACAUGCAUGCACACUUGGAGAGCGUGCAGUGUAUCAGCGGCGGAAGCAGAAUGCAGACUGUUAUAAUGGCCAGGACUAUGAACGCCCCAUCAACAGUUCUGUGUGCACGUGUACAGUAGAAGACUUUGAAUGUGAUUAUGGAUAUGAGAACCAGGCUGGUCAAUGUGUGGUAGCUGCCUGGUAUGACCAGAGCCCAGUGGAAGACUGCCCAGUGGGCACCAAGUAUAGCAAGUCUUCAGGAUAUCGUAAAGUUGCUGCAGACAAGUGUAAAGGAGGUGUAGAAGAUGAUAAGAAGUACAAGCCGACCAUGACUGACUGCCCUGUGCUGCCCCCUGGGGACAUGAGACUGGAGUCCUCGGCAACCACUGGAGCCACCACCACUGGAACCAAUGUUACCUUCUACUUCAGACAGGGAAAGGGCAGCAAAACUACCACCCAUUAUAACUGCACAUUUGGGGAUGGUCAUCAGCAGAGCAUGCAAUGGAAUGACACUACUCCUGGUGUCAUGAAGUUCACACAUCAGUUUCUGAAGGUGGGAACAUAUCAUGUGACAGUCCAGGCAACCAAUGAGAAGGGACAGGCUUCUGUAGCACUGCCAUUGACUGUAGAAGAUCGCAUAGUGGACUUGGAAGUGGAACUUCCUCGAGGAGCACUGCAGAAUGAACCCUCUGUUUUCACUGCCAUCCCCGUCUUUGGUCUUGAUAAUGGGAAUACACAGGAUUUGAAGCAAACACAUUUCAUUUGGCAGUUUUCACAUCAGGAAACCCCAACCCUCUCAUGGAAUGGUACUGUCUCUUUCAAAUGCAGUGAGCCAGGCAACUACACUGUACAUGUGACUGCAGUGAAUGCUGUCAGCUCCUAUCACAAGGCUCUGACCGUGAGAGUGUAUGGUGAACUGGUAGUAGUUCAGCUUUGGUUUGAGAAUCUACCACUGGAAGUUCCACCAUCUCUUCUCAUCAACAGGAUUAUCUUCAGAAGAAGCUUUGAAAAGGCUGUAGUUAAAGAAAUAAGUGAAAAGAAGAUAUUGGGAACAGAAGUGGGUGAGAUUCAAGCUGCUAUGCUACUAAAGGAGCCACUGAGAGUAGAUGUUGUGAUACUUCCACCAACAGUGAACAAAAACAAGAUAACAGCCACACAGGUUGCUCAAAAGUUAAUAGAUGCUGUUGCUGCACAUAAUCUGUCCAUUCCUCUGGGGAGCAUUGAUACUGUUACACCUACAAAAGCUGUCAUUGUCAAAGAAAUAACGCACCAGUGGUUGCACAGUUACGGCAAAGUGUGGGGGUCAACUGUGCUGUUUGAAGAUAAGUUUCCAACACCAUUUAAUUUCAGCUUUAAAGUGUAUUUCUCGUCUCCCGUUCCAAUGAGGAAGUUUGCAUGA